AUGGGUCUUCAUCACGAUGCCAAUACCUCAGGCCUUCACCUCGUUCUAGGGUUAUCUUUGACUGCUACCUCCACUCCAUCCACCAAGCCUCUUGAUGACCAUCAUCAUCUUUGUGUUAUUAAGCCUACGCCGACCAAGCCUUAUUCCCCUAAUGAACCAUCUUUAACGUUGGGUUUGUCCGGUGAGACUUACCACCUGCUCAAGCAUGUGCCCAGAAAUAACAACGUGGCCAACAAUAGCAAGGUUUUUUGUGAGGACCCUCUUGACAUGUCUAGACAGACAUCACCUCACAGCGUGGUUUCGUCUUUCUCAACUGGAAGGGUUGUCAAGAGGGAGAGAGAUCUUAGCUGUGAAGAAGUUGAGAUAGAGGCAGAAGAGAGGGUUUCUUCAAGAGUGAGCGACGAAGAAGAAGACGGCACCAAUGCUAGGAAGAAACUCAGACUCACCAAAGAACAAUCUGCACUACUAGAGGAGAGCUUCAAACAACACAGCACUCUCAAUCCUAAACAGAAGCAAGCUUUAGCCAGACAGUUAAAUCUAAGGCCUCGACAAGUUGAAGUGUGGUUUCAGAAUCGGAGAGCCAGAACAAAGCUGAAGCAGACAGAGGUGGACUGCGAGUUCUUGAAGAAAUGCUGUGAAACGUUGACGGACGAAAACAGAAGGCUAAAAAAGGAGCUGCAGGAGCUGAAGGCACUGAAACUAGCUCAACCCUUGUACAUGCCUAUGCCUGCGGCCACACUCACCAUGUGCCCUUCUUGUGAGAGGCUCGGCGGCGUUAGCGAAAACGCUUCCAAUAAAAGCCCCUUCUCCAUGGCUCCCAAGCCUCACUUCUACAAUCCCUUCGCCAAUCCUUCCGCAGCAUGUUGA